AUGUCGCGUCAAGGAGGUCCUGGUACUGCCUCAUCGGCAUCCAAGCGCCGGCUCAUCCUCGAGCCACCACGGCCGCCGGUGGUGGUGCACAGCACCACUCUUCCUCCAACGUCAACCACAGGAUCUAAGAGGUCAAGCUCAUCAAAUGGAAGCUCAAGUCCUGUUCCAACUCAAGAUCUUGGUCUCUGUCUAUCCAGUGAAACUCCUACAUCAAGAUCUAGCCCAGGAAGUGGUGCAGCUGGUGGAGGUUCAACUGAUGCAGCUGUUGGACUGUCAAGUGGGGGUGUUAGUGAUGUAGCUGGUGGAGGUUCUGGUGAUUCUUUGCCAAGUGGUGCUGUCACUCCUCUCAGUGGUGCUGUUGGUGAUGCUUCUGGUGGUACUGCUGCUGUAAAUCUUGGUGGUGCUACUGGUGGACAGGGAGGAGAAGGAACAGAUGCUAGAAAUGACAUCAUUGUUGAAGGUGAUGAUCCUGCUGUCCAAGAUGGAGAUGGAAAUGGACAAAGUGGAAAGAGGCAGAAGAGGUGCACGUCUCGUGUGUGGGACCACUUCACCAAGAAGGACCUGGUCAUUGAGGAUAACGGGAAGAUAUAUACAUAG